GGGGGAUAGUCCUAAACCACUCUUAUACCAAACUCCCCCAACUCUGUCUCUCUCCCACCUUCUUUUUCCCUUCCCCCAGAUUCUUCUCCUCCUACUCUUUAGAUCUCUCUUUCUCUCUCCUCAUUCUUUCUCUCACCUGUCUUUUUCUCUCCUCCCCCCCCCCCCCCAAAAAAAAUAAAAAUUCCCUUCCAUUUUUGGCAAAUCUUGUUUCUUACUACCCUUUUAACUCUUCUUUUUUCCCUGAUCUUCAAUUUUUUUUUUCUUCUCUCCCUUUUUUUGGGGAGGGAGGAUGCUCAAUUUCGCAAGAAAAUGAGCUUGUUUUUUUAAUUUUUUUUUGUUCAUAAGAAGAUUUUCAAUUUCAGCUGAAUUAUUUGGGUAUUUUAGGGUUAGGGUUAGGGUUUUUUGUUUGUGAAUUAUUUAUUGGUUUUUCAAUGGGUGGGGGUUCUGAGCAGCUGCUUAAUAAUAGUAGUUCUUCUUCGGUGGCGAAAAAACAUGGGAUUAAUAAGCCGAUUUCACUUGCGGGUCCUACUGAGGCUGAUCUUAUGCGUAAUGCUGAGUUGGGAAAGUUUUUGAUUGAUUCAGGGCUUUAUGAGAGUGAGGAAGAAGGUGAGAAGCGAGAAGAGGUUCUUAAUCGAAUUCGCGAGAUCGUGAAAGGGUGGGUAAAGCAACUGACUCGCCAAAGAGGUUACACAGAUCAAAUGGUGGAAGACGCGAAUGCUCUCAUAUUUACUUUUGGAUCUUAUAGACUAGGGGUACAUGGACCUGGGGCUGACAUUGAUACCUUGUGCGUUGGGCCUUCUUAUGUAAAUCGUGAUGAAGACUUCUUCAUAGUAUUGCAUGACAUUCUGGCUGAAAUUGAAGAAGUUACUGAGCUUCAGCCAGUCCCAGAUGCUCAUGUUCCUGUGAUGAAAUUCAAAUUUCAAGGAGUUUCUGUUGACCUACUCUAUGCAAGUGUGUCAAUGCUGCUUGUUCCUGAUGAUUUGGAUAUAUCACAGGGCUCCAUACUUUACAAUGUUGAUGAACAAACAGUACGUAGUUUGAAUGGAUGUCGAGUUGCAGACCAAAUUCUUAAGCUGGUUCCUAAUGUUGAGCACUUCAGGACAACACUAAGAUGUCUCAAGUUUUGGGCUAAGCGACGGGGCGUGUACUCUAAUGUGACUGGAUUCCUCGGUGGUGUGAACUGGGCUCUUUUAGUCGCUAGAGUAUGCCAACUUUACCCAAAUGCUAUUCCUAGCAUGUUGCUUUCCCGGUUUUUUAGAGUUUAUACACAAUGGCGUUGGCCAAAUCCUGUAAUGUUGUGUUCAAUUGAAGAGGAGGAUCUUGGUUUCCCUGUGUGGGAUCCUCGUAAAAAUCCACGGGAUCGUACACACCAUAUGCCAAUUAUUACCCCUGCAUACCCGUGCAUGAACUCUAGCUACAAUGUCUCUACAAGUACACUCCGUGUUAUGAUGGAGCAGUUUGACCACGGUAAUAAAAUUUGCCAGGAGAUUGAGCUGAACAAGGCCCAAUGGAGUACCCUUUUUGAACCAUAUCUUUUCUUUGAGUUGUAUAAAAAUUACUUGCAAGUAGAUAUUGUUGCAGAAGAUGCAGAUGAUUUGCUGGCUUGGAAAGGUUGGGUAGAAUCUCGACUUCGCCAGCUUACUUUGAAGAUAGAGAGAGAUACAUUUGGGAUGCUGCAGUGCCAUCCUUACCCAUAUGAGUUUGUAGACACAUCUAAGCAGUGUUCCCAUAGCGCUUUCUUUAUGGGUUUGCAGAGGAAACAAGGGGUGAAAGUCAAAGAAGGUCAGCAAUUUGAUAUUCGGGGAACUGUUGAUGAGUUCAGGCAGGAGGUAAAUAUGUAUAUGUAUUGGAAACCUGGCAUGGAUAUGUAUGUGUCACAUGUUCGUAGAAAGCAGCUUCCACCAUAUGUGUUUCCUGAAGGGUAUAAACGACCUCGUAGACACAUGAGUCAGCAGGCUGACAAGAUGUGUGAUGAAACUGAAGGGGAUAGCGGUGCGUCCAUUGAUAGAUCGCUCAAGCGGCGUACAGAUUAUGAGAUGGGGAAUCUGACACCUUCUCGUCUUGAGAAGAGGGCAUCUAUCAGUCCACAAAGGCUGGAAACUCUUUCUCCAGAGUUCAGUUCUAGAUAUUACACUCCAUCACCAUUGAGCUGUGGAGAACUGGUGAAGCCAAACCAUACCGCGGAUGUGCUUAGCCACUCGCAAGAUGCGUUGUAUGAUGAUAGAAGUCUAAGCCCUCACAAUCCGCUGCUAGACAAGGCCGCUCCUGAUACUGUUUUGUUGGCAAAGCAGGAUACUGCGGAUAGUAUCUCUAUAGUUGGAGUUGAAGCAAGUACACUGGAGGCAAUGCCAAGUGACGUCUCCAGCCAGGAGACUCUUGCUUCAUUUGAUAUCUGUAAUCGAAUUAAGGAUGCUUGUCUGGUUAGAAAGGAUGAAGAAAUGUCUAGCUUUGAGAAUUUCGAGACCAAAUCUUUCCGAAGAGCAAAGGAUCUUAUAGAGAGGGCCGCAAAGGAGGAUAUUGAUGAAGUUAUGGCUCAUUCUGAGCAGAUUAAGGGAAUUGAAAAUGGUAUCCAUUUGGAUCCCAGUGCUGCCAUUCAGACUCUAAAUCAUGAGGAUGAUAUAUGUGGGGAAGAUCCUGGUUUGCUUCCGGACAACGAUUACCUCAAUGAGACUGGUGUCUUCCAGGGUGGAUCUACGGAAGAGCUAGAGUCAAAUACUGCUGGCGGAAUGGCCAUAGAAACUCGAGGUAGAACUACAAAUACUGCAAAAUUUGUGCAGAAGCCAAUCACAAGGCUGAAUCUGAGAUCGAUGGCAGAGAAUUCAGAAGUUCCAUGCGAUGAAGCAUUUGUAUAUAGAAGUUCAGCAGCUUCGGUAAGUUCAAAAAAUUUACUGCUGGGUUAAGUUGUGCUUUUCCAGGUGCACUGUGCUCCAAUCUUGUCAUGCGAGAGCAAGCAGCAGCACAGCAGUAUUGUUCGGAGUUCACGUAUGCCCAUGUUGUGUGAGAUAUGUAUAAUUAUGGAUGUGAUGUAGUUCGUGCAAUCGGAGCAGUCCUCGCAGCAGGUCUCUCGACACCGUUUCUUGCUUGUACAGAAGCUGCUUCGCACCCGCUGCUUUGCACCUGCGGACCCUUCAUUGGGAUCAUUAGCAGGAGAAAAUUGAGAUUAGACUAAAACGGGAUUUUCGCCACAUCUUCGAGGGAGUAUUUCUGUAUUGCAUAAACAAGAAAAAAAAAUGGCCAAAAAAAAAAAGAAAAAGUAAAAGAGAAAAAAUAGAAUUGACUAACAAUUGUAAUUUAUCGUUGCAAAGCCUUUUUUUAAUAUCAAAUUCUUGAAUGUAGUUUGGAAACUUGGGUUAAUGUUGAAGCUCUGAGGGAUUAUAUAAUGCUGACUUAAUAUUCA